AUGGGAUGCCACAACUCCCCCCGCCCGAGCGCGGCCUCGCCUUCGCCUGCGUUCGGGCUGUCGCAGUCGCGGCCGGUAGUCACGUUCGACGCGGAGCUGCUCAAGGCAUACAUGAAGGAGCUGCUGCCGACGACGCUCCGGACGGCGACCUGGCCGGAGCCACGAGAGCGCGACAAAGUCAAGGCGUGGAUGAAGGAGAUCGGGGAGCGCGUCAAGAAGCGGAUGCUGGAAAUCCAGCCACGAGACUUCAAGUACAUCGUGCUCACGCAGAUCAACGAGAACGCGGGACAGGGCGGCAGAGCGGACUUGGUGUGCCACUGGGAAGACUCGGAUGCGGUCGCGCAGGAGGUGUUCGCCAACGACUCCAUCAUAUGCAUCUGCGUCGCAUUCGCGGUCCGGACAAUAUAG